UAGAACGUGUAAACUUUUGUUUGGAACUUUCUGAAAAUAUUAACCCCCAAUUCGCAAAAGCUGAUACCUGAUAGUAGAACCCUGAUUCCUGCAAUUUGAAAGCAGGAACCCUAAUCGAACAUCCACCUACUAUUGAUGAACGGCUAGAUGCUUAAUACAGCGUCGUCAUCGGCUAGACCAGCACCAGCCGACUUCCUCCCGGAAGAUGAUGGCUCUGCCGCCAAGUCCCACCGCAUCAAAAUUGGCAAAGCCUCUGAAGAUAGCGAUAAGAAAGUCGCAAACAGGAGAAUUAAGGACAUGGAGAUAAGUGUUCCUCUGGUGCAUGGAACAAUUGCAUUUUACCUUGGUCGAAAGGCCAGCGAGUCUCAGUCACAUAAGUGGACAGUCUAUGUACGUGGGGCAACCAAUGAAGAUCUUGGAGUGGUGAUAAAGCGAGUUGUAUUUCAAUUGCAUCCCAGUUUCAAUAACCCUACCAGAGUGGUAGAUUCACCUCCUUUUGAGUUGUCAGAGUGUGGUUGGGGUGAAUUCGAAAUUGUCAUUACUCUUGUCUUCCACAACGAUGUCUGUGAUAAGCAGUUGGACUUCAAUUUAUGUAGGUAUCAUAAUUUGAAGUUGUAUCCUGAAGAUGAAACUGGCCCUCAGUCAACUAAGAAGCCCGUUGUUGUGGAAUCGUACAAUGAGAUUGUUUUUCCAGAUCCUUCUGAAAAUUUUUUGGCUCGUGUUAAGAAUCAUCCUGCUGUAAUUGUGCCUCGGCUGCCUGCUGGAUUUACCUUGCCUAUUCCUGCUCCGGUUGAAAACGUGAAUGAAAAGGAGAGAGGAGAUACCAAAGAUCAUCCACUGAGUCACUGGUUCUUAAAUUUUUCAGAGGCAGAUGAGCUUUUGAAACUUGCAGCAGCUCGUCAACAGGCCACUUCAAUUUAGUCAAGUUGUAUGUCUGAUAAAGUACAAAACGUGAUAGGUGCAAGCUCAUAUUGCUAAGCUAAGAAGACAAAUGAAUGUGAUAGAUGGGCUACCUCGAGGUCCUCAACUGUCUUUAACAGCCUCUGCUUAUGACUUAUGAAUGUACAUGAUGAUGCUGGAUCAGUUUGGAGCUUCAUCUUGAAAUUCAAAUCAUGGAAGACAAUUCCUCAUGGUAAUCAAAUGUAAAGCAUGUGGAAUAGUCCACAUCAAUCUACUUUCUUUGUAGAGUUUGUUUUAGGUUUGCUAAUUUCUACCUGUGUAAAGGGCCAAGUAUUGAGGGAAAAUUUUAUGAACAAUAGAUUGUUGCAUAGCGUUUUCUAAAGAAAGAUUUAAGGCACUUUUCUAUUA